GUCUGGCCUGCAAAGCAGAUUCACGAAACCCAUCACUUUCACUUCAAAUGUCUCUUGCAUUGCAUUUACUUGCAAACAAAGCAGUACUCUAUAAGAGAGGCAGAGCAAUUGAACAGGGGCAGGGGAUCACUCUUUGUAUGGGUUUUUUACUUAGCUUGAUUACAUCACAAGAACCCACAUGGUCUCCUCUUUUUUCCUUUCAAAAGACCAAGGCUUUACAAAACUUGGCUCAAAUUUAGGUUCCUUUUGAUCUGGGUUUUCAUUGGCUCCUCUGUUUUCUUCAACUUUCUGGCGUGUUAGUUUUCCUGGAUAGUCAAAGAACCAUCUUUUGCCAUUUUCUUGAGAAAGUUGAGGUUUUGCUUGGUUUCUGAUCUGGAGUUUCUUUUGUUUGAACAAAUGAAGAAGAAUCAAGAAAAGAUGCAUGUGUGCAAGUUAUGCAACAAGAGUUUCUUGACUGGGAAUAUGUUGGGUGGUCACAUGAGGAUUCAUGGAACUAGAAAAUCUAUUAAAGGAAAUGUCAAGUUUGAAAGCAGCAACGUGGGUCCUGAUAGUUGUGGCCUAAGAGAACAGCCCAAGAAAUCUUGGAAAUCCUCAGACUUCAAUGAUGAUGAUAGUGUUUCAACGCAAGAAACAGUGAAAUGUAGAUUUUGUGGCAAAGAAUUUGGUUCAGAAAAAUCCCUUCAUGGUCACAUGAGGCAUCACCCUGCUAAAGAAAGAAAAGGAGUUUACUGCGAAGAAUGUGGAAGAGGGUUUCUGUCGUUAAAAUCUUUAAGUAAUCACAAGAGACUGCAUCGUGAGAAGUUUACGAUCUCAAGUGAACCAAGGGCUAGUUCUAGGCCUAAUCUGGUUUCUAUGGCUUUAUCUGCUACGGAGGCUGUGAAUCUUGUGAGAAGAAAGCGAUCUAGUAGAAUGAGGUACAAGAUUACUCCUAAUUCUUCUUUUUCUAGCUUGAAUGAAUCUGUUUCUGGUUUUGAUAUUGACCAAGAAGUUGAAGAGGCGGCUCUUACUUUGAUUAUGAUGUCUAGGAGUGAAUGUAAUGGGUUUGAUUCAUUGUGUCGAAAUAAGCGAAUUGAGAGAGAGGAGGAUUGCCAUGUUUUUUAUGGUAAUGAACUAGUCAAGCCAAAGAAACCCAGAGAGGAUAAUUUAGACUCCUGUGAUUUGGAUUCUAUGACUAGUAUACAUGGAUGUGGUGGUGAAGGUGAUACUGAGACGGGGCGUGAUGAGGAAAAUCAAGUUAGAUCGGAAAUUCCGAGAGAGAGUAUUUUCAAGGAUAUUGAAUCCAAGAGCCCUCAAUUGGAUGAUGAAUCUGGAGUUGAAUUUUGUGGUAUUGAUAUAGAGAAGGGAGAUCAUGAUGAAAUGCUUACCACUUGCACUGAAGCUGAAUCAAGUCAGGAUCUGAUGAGUGAAGUUGGAUUGGAUUGUGCUGGUUUGGGAUUUGAGAAAUCUAUUCCAAGUAAUCAAGCAAGGUUUGAUGCCUGUAAUUCUGAAACGGGAAAGGAAUCUCGGUAUCAGAUGGAAGUAACCACUUCAAGUUAUGAUAUCAUGCAAGGUCCUAGCAAGAAAGGUGAUUUCACGUGCAGAAUCUGCAACAGGAAAUUCAACACUUAUCAGUCACUUGGGGGUCACCAAACAUUCCAUAGAAAGAGUCCCAUAGAGGUGAAGGUUGAUAGCUGCGAAAAGGAUAUCCAGACAAAUUUUUCUGCUGAAACUGAGGCUACAGGCAAACUUGAAUGUAUUCAGGAAUUAGCAAAGCAGGAAAGUGAUGAAGUUAUUGUAAAAGAUUGCGAGUCAAAGGAGGGUAAGGAGCACAAAUGCUCAAUCUGCUUUAAAGUUUUUCUAUCUGGCCAAGCUUUGGGAGGUCACAAAAGGGCUCAUUUUCUUAGAGCCAGAGAAGAACAGAAUACUGCAAUGAAACAAGAGGUUCCCGGUAUCUGUGAUGCUCUCAAUGUCAAUGUCCCUUACACAUUUGCUGCAGAGGCCAGUAAUGAUGUCCGGUGUGAGUCAUGGUGUGUCCGGUGUGAGUCAUGGUGGCCUGCAAAUUCCCACAAUCAUGAGCCGCUGGUGGGUCAUAUAGCCAACUAAGAUGAGCAUGAAGCUGGAAUUUCCUUCUCAAGAGUUUCCAGAAUGGAGAUACAGGAUGGUGGGUUUCAUUUCUGGCUCAAGGAUAGUUCAUACAGAGGUAGAUUCUAUUUGCUAUUGUCGCUUAUAAGUCUCAACUACACUCAUCUGGUUUGUUUCUUUGCCAUACCACUUCAUCUAUGAACUGGAGAGGCUUCAUUGUUGAGAAUCUGAAGCUCACAGGCCAAUUUACUAUGAAAUUUUGAUACUGUAGUUGAUCUUGUUCUGCUUUUUUUUUUUUUUUUUUUUUUUGCGUUGUUGCUUUCUUUCCAGUAUGUCAAAUGGAACAGAUGAACAAAAACAUUAUUGUUGAUCUAGACUGAGUUGCCAAUUUUUGUUUAUCACAUUCUUUUGUACCAAAUAUCGAACAGAAAACAAUUAUACGAGUAUAAAAUCUCAGUACUUUUGUGUA